AUGAGCGCUUCGUUACGCAGUAGCAUCAAUCCCCAAAAUCUCUUCCCUCCAACGUUGGACGACCCUAAUGUAAUAUUGCAGAUUCAUUUGGGACAGAGACGUCAAGCGUUCACUCUUCCGCAUGCUUAUAAUAUCUUUAAGAUUAAUUUUGCUAACGAAGCAAACAGGCUGGGGUCGUUUCAUGUGGGUUUACCCACUCGUCUGUUGAUGACCAACAUUAACCAUGCAACCCUCCCACCAACACCAAUCCUUAAUGUAACUCCUCUCCCUCCUACUCGCUCUCUUCCUCACGGACAACCCGUACAACAAAAUCAAAAUCCAGCCGGACGUAAUAACAACAAUAAUAACAACCUCACUUCUACUAAUAACACUCUAGGUGACGAUAUCAACAACGGGUUCGCAUUUAAUGGUGAUAACGGAUUCGACAAGUGCUCCCUGGAUCCUUGGGCCAAUUGA